AUGUCUGCCACCGAUAAAAACACAUUGCCGUUCACUGAACAGCAUUACUUCUCCUCGUACGACCAUUUUGGUAUCCACGAGGAGAUGCUUAAAGACACCUCCAGAACCUUGUCUUACAGAUCUGCCAUGUACAAAAACAAGCACUUGUUCAAGGACAAGAUUGUGUUGGAUGUCGGUUGCGGUACUGGUAUCUUGUCUAUGUUUGCUGCUAAGGCUGGUGCCAAGCAUGUCUACUCUGUUGAUAUGUCUAACAUCAUUGAAAAGGCCCAAGAGAUCAUCUCAUUGAAUGGUUUCGAAGACAAGAUCACCUUGUUGAAGGGUAAGUUGGAGGACAUUGACUUGCCAGUGGACCAUGUUGACAUCAUCGUGUCUGAGUGGAUGGGCUACUUCCUUUUGUACGAGUCCAUGUUGGACACUGUCUUGUACGCUAGAGACAAGUACUUGGUUGAGGGUGGCUUGAUCUUGCCUGACAAGUGCUCCAUGUACAUUGCUGGUAUUGAGGAUGGUCAAUAUAAGGAUGAUAAGAUCCAUUACUGGGAAGAUGUCUACGGUUUCGACUACUCUCCAUUUAUCAAGGUGGCCAUGGCUGAGCCUUUGGUUGACACUGUGGAGAACAACUCUUUGAUCACUACUCCACACAAGUUCUUUGAGUUUGAUAUCAACACCGUCACCAAGGAGCAAUUAUCCUUCCAUAGACUGUUCUCUAUCGAUGCUAUCGAUAGCGACUUGUGCCAUGCCUACAUCGUUUGGUUCGACUGUGACUUCCCAGGUGAUGAGAAGGUCACUUUGUACACUGGUCCAAUGAAGGCCUACACUCACUGGAAGCAGACCGUCUUUUACAUGGAUCAAGUUCUUGAUUUGCGUAAGGGUGACAAGAUCAAGGGUCUGAUUGCCUCGAGACCAAACGCUUCCAACCCUCGUGAGGUCGACAUUGAGAUCCAAUGGAAGGUGGACACCGUCUCCUCCGACAAGUCUCGCGAGCAGCAGGGUAAGUACAACUACUUCAUGCGUUAA